ACUACAUUAGUCCUACCGUAUCCGGGUCAGCAGGCAGUAAUGGCGGCCACCAUGGAGACAGCAGCUGGCAUGAGCAAGAUGCUGCAAUUUAUGAAAUUUAUCGGACAGCUCAAAAGGGUCCCGCGGACUGGCUGGGUGUACAGGAACGUGAAGAAACCAGAGAGUGUAUCAGACCACAUGUACCGCAUGGCCAUGAUGUCUCUGACCAUCACUGACCCCACAGUGGACAAGGACAGAUGUAUAAAACUGGCUCUGGUUCACGACAUGGCAGAGUGCAUUGUGGGAGAUAUUGCUCCAUCAGACAACAUCAGUAAAGCAGAGAAACACAGACAAGAAGAGGAAGCGAUGAGGCAUCUAACAGGUCUUCUGCCGGAGGGACUCAGACAAGAAGUUUACGGACUGUGGGAGGAAUAUGAGACCCAGAGCAGUCCAGAGGCCAGGCUGGUAAAAGAGUUUGACAUCCUGGAGAUGAUCCUGCAGGCUCACGAAUACGAGGAGCUGGAGGGAGCGCCGGGAAGACUGCAGGAGUUCUUUGACUCCACCAACGGUCGUUUCCACCACCCAGACGUGCUCCAGCUCGUCAGCUCUUUGAAUGAAGAGAGAGGAUGCCGCAUGACUGAAACGGAUCAAACAAAGAAUUCUGGAAACGCACAGACAGCCGGUGAAGCAUCUUCACAGCCCCGUACGACUUCACACACCUCCUCCUGACUGUAACGCACAAACACCUCCUCAGUGCAGGGACAGAGAUAUCGCACUGUAACACAAAAUGUGUGUGUACAAGGAUGCACAAGCACGUCACAGGAUCUGGCAUGUGAGCGAGUGGAAAACUGUGGUUUGAGGAGUUUCAACUGUCAACUGAGGAUAAUGGCACAUGGAUGCCUUCAAUUUUGGCCCAUUGUCUUUUCUGUUUCACCUCAAUGUAUCUGUCCACACUGUCCUGGAAAUGUCUGACAUCGACUAAUGCAAAAACAGCCAGAUAAUAUAGAAAUGCAGAAAUGCGUCAACACAUAAUAAAUGUCCUCAUUAAUAGGUUGGACCAUUAAUAAAACCUGUAUAAAUUUUUAUGUUCUCAAAUCAUCACAUAUAUUAGUUACCGCUUAUUGACCAACAUUUCUUUCAACAGGUUUUAUUGUAUGCUUCCAAUCCACUGAGAAAUGAUCUAUCUAUAUAUCUAUCUAGCAGAUAUUACAUUAUAGGGUUAUGCAUAAAUAAAUGUAACAAUGGUGCUGUACCAUCAGAAAAAAAGUGUUGAUGCAUUUUCUGAUGCUGUCUUACUGUACAAUAUACAGAAUGUUAGUAAUAUACAUGUUAUGUAAAUUGGUAACAGCAUACUCAGGAAUUCAGUGUUGACAUGAUGUGGACAUUAUUUUCUGUGUUGGUUGUUAUGUUUCAGAGUUUUAGUCAGCUUUUGGGGGGAAAAAAGAAAAAAAAAGGUCUUUAACUGGUGCUGAGUUAAAUUUUGACUUCAACCCAACACAAUAUACACAUGUAAAAUGUAUACUGCAGUUCAUUUUCCAGUGACAGAACAUGCAUUACCUCAGUUAUUCUGUAAUAGGUCAGACAUGACAACCUACACAAGAUCUUUCAGCACUCGAUUGUUGAUGAAUUUUAAUAAAUACAUUUCAUGGACAGAC